AGUGUAUCACCGCAAAGGUCACCAUCUGUAAUUCGACUCUCGAGUAUGAUUAAAUGAUACCCAAAAAACUUACAACCAUUUUCUUCCUUUAAAAGGAAAAAGGGCAAAACCCUAACAACCCCCAAUCGUCAUCUUUCUCGAAUCGGGUGUUCAAUUGUUUCGAGGUCUGGCUUCGUGACAUCGCACAUGGAGGAGAAGCCGCAGAUCUAUCACGAGAAGCAGAAAUUGCAGUUCUGCCUCUUGCACGCCCUCAACAACCUCUUUCAGGAGAAGGACAGCUUCACUCGUGAAGACUUGAAUUUGAUUGCUGAAAAACUCGUUCUUGACGAUCCAAGCAAGGAAAGUUGGAGUCCUCUUUCUGUAAUUUUCAAGCCCCAUCAUAACGCCAUUACUGGAAACUAUGACGUUAACGUGCUAAUUGCGGCAUUGGAAGGGAAAGGGAAGGAACUAGUCUGGCAUGAUCGUCGUAAUGGAGCUUCCUCCAUCGACCUCGAUCGUUCUGAAGAUGCUUUAAUGGGCAUUGUGCUUAACGUCCCAGUGAAGAGGUUUGGUGGGUUUUGGAGAAGUAGGCAUUGGGUCGCGUUGCGAAAUAUCGGCGGGAUCUGGUUUAAUUUGGAUAGUGAUCUUGUUUCUCCUCACCCUUUUGAGGACUCGGAAGAAGUAAAGCUAUUCUUGGAUCACAUUAUCAGUGAAGGUGGGGAGGUAUUGCUCGUCUUGAAUCGCAAACAGUGAGAUCGUUUGCGUUGUCUCCUGUUGCUUAUGGAAUCGUCGAAGAAGCUGAAAAGAGUUUACUCCU